AUGCUCAUCGCUGACAAGCAUCGGCUGGAGAACCAGACCAAGGUGAAGCUGCUGGCGAUCCGCGAGACGGAGCUCGAGCUGUACGUGCAGAACUGCCGCCAGGUCGGUUUUGUGGCCGCAAUAAUCGGAGGGCUCGCCUACUUCAGCUUCCUUUACACGAAGCGCGACUACUACCAGGAGGCCCACUGGUUCGCCCGCGUGUUGUACGUGACUGGGCUCACGUGCACCAUGUCGCUCGCGCUGACGAUCGUGCUCGGGACGACGACAAUCGCGAUGCUCGGCCCGGGCCUCGCGCUGCGCGGGCCGGACGGGUCGAUGAACACGGCGGUCGACGGCAUCCUCCUCGAGUUUGAGCUCGCGUCGCGGCUCUUCAGCCGCUGCGUGCAGGCGAUUUCGCCGCCGCCCCUUCCCUGGCUGCUGCACUAUCCGCUCUUCUAG